CUUGUUUUUUAAUCUGUUCAGUCAGGGGUUUUAGUUAGGGUUCUAUCAUCUGAGAUAUCGAAGUUUGUAGAUUAUGAGACAUUUCAGGAAGUUUGUAGCCUUAGCUGCUGCUUCUGGAGCACUAUAUCAUUUCCAUACUCGAAAUUCAGAUAGGUCGACACGAAUUUCAAUUCCAAUAUAUUCAGCAUGGGGUACGCACGACCUCAUACCCACCUACUCCUUUUCUUCUGUAAAUGCUCCUUUUGGACACGGAAAUCCUCCAUCCUUGUUUUCUAGUGUUAGCGCAGAGUCUGCGGCCGAUGCUAUUAAAGGUGUGCCGUUCAAAGACACUUGUGAAUCCCCAAAACCCUGUUGUGGAUGUUUGGGCCGGGAUACAAUUGCGAAUGCAGCUGCUAAAGUUGGUCCUGCUGUUGUCAAUCUUUCAGUUCCAAAAGGUUUCCAUGGGAUGACUGUUGGAAAGAGCAUUGGGUCUGGAACCAUAAUAGAUGGUGAUGGUACCAUAUUGACGUGUGCUCAUGUGGUGGUUGAUUUUCAAGGCUUCACACCAUCAUCCAAAGGAAAGGUUGAUGUGACGUUACAAGAUGGCCGUACAUUUGAGGGUACUGUGGUGAAUGCUGAUUUGCAUUCUGAUAUUGCUAUUGUCAAGAUAAGUUCUAAAACUCCACUCCCCACUGCAAAACUCGGGUCUUCAGGUUCACUGCGUCCUGGUGAUUGGGUAGUUGCCAUGGGCUGUCCUCUUUCUCUUCAAAACACGGUUACGGCAGGUAUCGUGAGCUGUGUUGAUCGUAAGAGCAGUGAUUUGGGUCUUGGAGGAAUGAGGAGAGAGUAUUUGCAGACUGAUUGUGCCAUCAAUGCGGGUAAUUCUGGUGGACCCCUUGUUAAUAUUGAUGGCGAAGUGAUUGGUGUGAAUAUCAUGAAAGUGCUGGCAGCUGAUGGAUUGAGUUUUUCUGUACCAAUAGACUCGGUUUCUAAAAUCAUAGAGCAUUUUAAAUCAAAGGGGAGAGUUGUGCGACCUUGGCUUGGUCUGAAAAUGCUUGAUCUGAAUGAUAUGAUUGUUGCCCAGCUGAAGGAAAAAGACGUGAUGUUCCCCGAUGUGAACAAAGGUGUUCUUGUGCCUAUGGUAAGCCCUGGAUCCCCUGCUGAACAAGCUGGUUUCCGUCCAGGAGAUGUGGUGGUUGUAUUCGACGGGAAGCCUGUUGGAAGCAUAAAAGAGGUGAUUGAGUUUAUGGGGGAUAAAGUUGGAAAACCAAUAAAAGUUGUGGUGAAAAGAGCCAACAACACAUCCGCGACAUUGACUGUGGUACCUGAGGAAGCAAAUCCAGAUUUGUAAAUGUUCGUACCUCUGGUGGCAACAUAGAUCAGCAUGAGGAAAAAGAAGUUGAAUUAAUUGGGUACAAUUUUGUUAUUCUAAUACAAAAAAAGUAGGAUUAGUGGCCCAAACUUUGCAGUUUUAGAGUUGCAUUGGUUUAUAUAAAGGAACAAUUUUUUCUCGUUUCAGUAUC